UUAGCGCUGCUGCCGCCUAGCUGCAUGUAUUCGUUAGGUUUGGUGCUUCAAUCUGCAUGUCUGACGUAUUUGAUCACUGUGGGACUUUCUCCCUGUUCCUCAUCCUUGUGGGUACUGGGGAAUUUCCCUUAGGUUGGCUCACAGAUGGUGGGCACUCAGCAGGGCUCUGUGGAGUUUGUGCUGAACUCUCAUUCCAGCACUAGGUCCCACUUUACUGACCCUCCAGCUUUUCCAUUUCCCUUUUGCUCCUGGUGCCUGACAAUGUCUCUUCCGUAUCUCUGAGUGAGAUUCUACAAGUUUUGCCCAGCAUCCUAGGAUUCAGACAAGCUGCAGCUUUUCAUAUCCAUUGUCUUUUCCAAUAAAAGAAAAUAAAUAGAGGAUUUAGUCAUUAGAUGCUAUGUUUAUUGACUGAUGACUUUUUUGUGUGUGCAGGACAGAAUGUUUGGAGAGAUCAUUGUCAUUGAAGAACUUCUUCAAGGGGAAGAACUUUCUUGCCUGUGUUUCACGGAUGGUGUCACUGUUGCCUCAGUGCCCCUAGCCCAGGCCCACAAACGGUUAUUGGAUGGUGACCAGGGUCCAAACACUGAAGGGAUGGGAGCUUACUGCCCAGUUCCUCAGGUACCGGAAGUUCUAGAGAAAAUCAAUGAUGCUAUCCUUCAACACGUGAUUGACAGUCUGAGACAAGAAGGAGCAGCAUAUGUAGGUGUGCUGCAGAUGGGGUUAAUGCUUACCAAAGAUGGUGUGAAAAUUUUAAACUUUAAAUGUCAGUUUGGUGACCCCCAGUGCCAGGUAAUUCUUCCACUGCUUAAAAAUGAUUUUUAUGAAGUGAUUCAAGCAGCAAUUGAUGGCAAACUCUGCAGCUUCAUGCCAACCUGGUCAGAAAACAGUACAGCUGUAUGUGUGGUCAUGGCAAGUCUAGGAUACCCAGGAGAAUAUGACAAAGGCAUGGAAGUAACAGGGCUGCUUCAAGCCAAAGAGUUAGGGCUGCAGGUGUUCCAUGCUGGCACAACACUGAAGGAUGGCAGAGUGGUUACAAGUGGUGGUAGAGUCCUCUCCGUUACUGCUGUUAAGGAGGAUCUGAUGACAGCACUGGGAGAAGCCAACAGGGGAGUAGCAGCCAUAUAUUUCAAGGGUGCCACAUACAGGAGGGACAUUGGCCAUCGGGGCAUUCGACUUCUCAAACAGUCUCUGUAUGUAAGCAAAGGCACUAGUAGAAGUCUAUUGCUGCUAGCAUGUCCUUUUCCUCCCUGCAGGGGUUUGAUAUACAAAGAGAGAUGUGUGGAAGCUGUAACCAGUGAUGUUUUGUUUUACCAGCCGAAAAGAUCAAUUGUAAGUCGUACCAGAUCAGGCAGUCAUUCAGAAGUAAGAGGCUUUGCUGGUUUCUUCGAUUUAAAAGCAUCUGGUUAUGAUGAUCCUAUCCUGGUAUCUCAAACUAAAGGCCUUGGACCUAAACUUCAGAUUGCACAAGCAUGUAAGAGACAUGACACCAUAGGUCAGGACCUGGUUGCCUUGUGUGUUAAUGACAUCCUGGCUCAAGGGGCAGAGCCCCUCUUCUUUCUCAGCUAUUUUUCCUGUGGCAAACUUGAUGUCAAAGUGACUGAAGCAAUCAAAGAAGGAAUAGCUGACACAUGCAAAAAUGCAGGAUGUGCUUUCCUAGGCAGGGAGAUUGCUGAGGUGACUAGCAUGUAUUCUUCUGGAGAGUAUGACUUGGCUGGCUUUGUGGUUGGUGCAGUGGAGCGAGGGCAGAUGCUUUUAGGUCUGCAGAGAGCUGAUGAGGAGGAUGUGUUUAUUGGACUGGCCUCUUCUGGGAUUCAUGGCAGAGCCUUUACCAUCAUAAGGAAGAUACUCUUAAUGUCCUCCCUGCACUACUCCUCCCCAGCGCCUGGCAGUUGUGGUGACAAGACUCUAGGAGAUGUAUUGCUGACUCCAGCAAAACUGUACAGUCCAUCUUUGCUGCCUGUUCUUCGCUCAGGGCAUGUGAAGUCUUUUGUCUUUAUUGCUGAGGAAGGGUUGCUGGAAGGCAUCUCCCGAAUCCUGCCAGAACAUGUCAGUGCUAUCCUAGAUGCCCUUACCUGGAAAAUGCCUGAGAUCUUCUGCUGGCUUUAUAAGGAAGGAAACCUCUCUGAGAAGGAGAUGGCCCAGACAUUCAAUUGUGGGAUUGGUGCAGUCUUGGUUGUGCAGAAGGAGUUGGCCCAGCAUGUUCUCAGGGAUGUACAGAGACAUGAGGAAGCUUGGCUGAUUGGAAAAGUUGUUGCCCCUUGUCACGCAGGAGGUUCUCACAUCAAAGUUGAGAAUCUUCUUGAAGCUCUGCAGCUGAGCAGCCCCCAGCAUCUGCUGAAUAACACUGUUGUAGAGAGUCAACAACAACCCAGAAAGAACAAAGUUAAAGUAGCUGUUCUCGUCUCUGGAACAGGCACAAAUCUUGCUGCGCUCAUCAAUUACGCAAAAGAACCAGGCAGCUGUGCUCAAGUUGUCCUUGUCAUCUCCAGCAAGUCUGGUGUGGAAGAACUACGAAAUGCAGCCCGUGCUGGAAUUCCCACCAGGGUGAUUGAUCACAAGUUAUAUGGGAGUCGCUCUGAAUUUGACAGCACAAUUGACCGAGUUCUUGAAGAAUUUGCUGUUGAACUGAUAUGUCUUUCAGGAUUUAUGAGAAUAUUGUCCAGUCCUUUUCUCAGGAAAUGGAAAGGGAAAAUUCUGAAUGCUUCCCCAUCUCUUUUCCCACCAGUCAAGGCUGGAAACGCCCAUCAGCACUCUCUCCCAACUGGAUUCAAAGUCACUGGCUGUGCUGUGCAUUUUGUCCUGGAGGAAUCUUGUCCAAAAGCAGUAAUCCACCAGGAGCCAGUAUCUGUGAAGGCAGACGACACUGAGGAAAUGCUGUCAGAAAGGGUUAAGGAAGCUGAGUGCCGGGCUUUUCCCAUCGCCCUGCAGCUAGUGGCCAGUGGGGCAGUGCAAUUAGGAGCUGAUGGUAAAACCUGCUGGAAACAAGAAAGGCAAAGUCUGUGUCUUCGAGAAAAAUGACUGCACUUCCUCUCUGGUGAUGCCAGAUCCACAAGAAAACGAUGUGGUGUAGCCAGGUUUUCCUUUCCUCCUUCCUUUCCACCAUGUGCUUCUCUUUGUAGGUGUAUUGUUGUUCCAGGUUUCCAUUCUGAGCUAUGAUCAGUUUUUUCAGGCUUGCACAUUUAGUUACACUUAGUUUUCAAAACUGGCUGUAGGAGCCAAACUCAUUUCAGAUCUUGAAUUUCUUUGUUCUGCAUCCAGGGAUGGGACAUCCACAACUUCUCUGGGCAACCUGUUCCAGCACCUCACCACUCUCUCAGUAAAAAAUUU